CGUGUUACCAAAGAUUUCAUUCAGUAUUACGCUUCCGUUAGUUACGGACGGCGUUGAAACAUGUUUCUCACUACGUGUGUGCUAAUGCUGUGUGCUGUUGUAUGGGCUGAAGACCAACCUAUAGCGAGAACGCCCUUAGGAGACCUAAAAGGUUACUUUCUGGAGACCAGGGGAGGCAAACAGAUAGCUGCAUUCACUAGUAUACCGUACGCAAAACCCCCAGUCAAUGAUUUGAGAUUCAAGGCUCCGCAACCGGUGGAGGCAUGGGAAGGUACCUUGGAUGCGACGCGGACGAGUCCCGUCUGCGUCCAACGUAACCCGUACACCCGGCAGAAGGAGGUGGUGGGGCAGGAAGACUGCUUGUACCUUAACAUUUACACACCGCUUACGGGAAACGAAAUAAAUGGUGAUCGUCUCCUUCCUGUGAUGGUGUUCAUCCACGGCGGCGGCUGGAUGUGCGGCGACGCUACCACACAGAUGUACGGCCCUCAGUACCUCCUCGACAGAGAUGUUAUCCUGGUAGCCAUGAAUUAUAGACUCGGUCCGCUUGGUUUCCUAUCAACACAAGACGAGCACUGUCCCGGUAACAACGGCCUCAAGGACCAACAAGAAGCGCUGCGGUUCAUACAGAAGACAAUCCACAGCUUUGGCGGUGACAAGGAUUCGGUGACAAUCUUCGGAGAGAGCGCGGGCGGCGCUAGUGUCCAUUAUCACAUGCUGUCAAAGACGAGCGUAGGUCUAUUUCACAAAGGCAUCUCAGAGUCGGGAACUGCCCUGGUGCCUUGGGCAGAGGCACCCCCCGGAGAGGCUUUACGUAAUGCUUUCCGACUCGCCAAAUUCCUUGAUUGUCCACAAGCGCCCUCUGAAGUCAUGCUCGACUGCCUCCGCACCAGAGAUAGCCACGACAUUAUCAAUACAGAGUUUAAAUUCUACGAAUGGGACUACGAACCUAUGACGCCAUUCAAGGCAGUAGCGGAGCCCGACUUGCCUGGCGCCUUCCUGACAGCUAGCCCACGAAAGACACCGUCAAUUGCCGCCGUCCCUUGGAUGACUGGUCUCACCAAAGACGAAGGAUGUUUGAAGUCUGUUUGGAUAACGGCCAACUCGAGCCGGUACCGGGAGUUCAUAUCCGCCUUCGAGGCAAUAGCUCCUGUGACGUUUUAUUACGAUAACUCUCCGUACGCUGACGUCAUCACCGACCGCAUCAAAGACGUUUACUUCAACGGCGGCGGACAGGAGGCGAUCAAAGCCGGGAUACUUGAAAUCUACACGGAUUCAUACUUCGCGUACCCAGCAUUGGAAGCUAUCGAGUUGACGUUCAAUUACACAAAAAAUCCAGUAUUCCUCUACGAACUAACGUACAGAGCGACGAACAGUUUCUCGCAGAUAUUCGGCGACGAGGAAGGCGAUUAUGGUAUUUGUCACGCCGAUGAGCUGAUGCAUCUGUUCCCUAUUGACUUCCUCUCGAAGCCCUUCUCCGAAGAGGAUAGGAGAAUAAGCGAACUGAUCAUAACUAUGUGGACCAACUUUGCUACCACUGGUGAUCCAAACAAGCCGAACAAGCUGCCAUUUAAAUGGGAACCUGCAAGCAGCAGCAAAAGGAUGGAAUACUUGGAGAUAGGAAGUGAUCAAAAGAUGAGGAAUCACCUGGCUUCCCGCUCCAGGAUCUGGGGCUCUUUGCCACUCUGGCACACCAUGCGAACGAGGAAAUUCAUCGACGAACUCUAGACCGGUUAGGAUAAGUGUUACAUGCAGAGAUUAUACAUCUCUUAAGACAAUUGCACACUUUUCAGGGCCAUAAAAUUCUAUUAUGAAAUUGUAUGUUACCGUAAAAUUUUAACUGUCGUUCGUUUACAAUUCAACUCAGUGUGUUAAACGUGUUCCCUGAAAUUCUUAUCAGAAUACGAAAAAUUGUUUCAAGAUAUUUCAGUAUUGUUACUCCUAACAAAUCUUUGAACAAAUGUUUUUAUAGAACUUUUUUUUUAAUUAAAACUAUUAUAUACUAGCUGUCGUCUGCUACUC